GGUGUGUCGUUCAGAUAUGAUGUUUGUGUCUCUAAGAAUUAAGAAGAAAUGGUGCUCACAAAAACUAUCCGUGUGUGGCGCAAAUAUAAGCCACGAUCAGUGCUUGUGGAGAGCAAAGAGAUCCCUGAUGAGGCACUACUAUUUGAGAGCAACACUGUAGCGGUCCUCUCUCCUGUGGAACUAGAAAUCAUUCGCAAAGAGUGUAGCUAUGGUGACAGUCUAACAGCGUACGGUUGCCUGGGUGUACUUAGUGUGGAUCACGAGAGAGAGACCUUCCAAUACUUAGUGGUCAUCACAGAGUGUCAGCCACUGGGCAAGCUACAAGAUGCGGAGGUGUUCCGUGUCACACAGACUGCCUUCAUACCACUCACCCUACAAUCUAAGAUGGAGCGCGUGACAGAGGUGGGGAAGUUGCUGGCCUCGGGGAAGUUCUAUUUCAGUUAUCCCUCGCAAGGAGUGAGCUUCGAUCUGCUGUGUUGUGCACAGAAGCAAGGGACGGAGCGGACACAGUUUCACUGGAACCGCAGUCUGAGGGUAUACCUAGAGAGGUUCGGUGUGUCGUGCUCCAAGUGGUUGUUCCGCGUGAUAUGUGGCUACGUGGACAUUCAGACUCUCUAUGCUGGGGACAAGAAAGCAAAGAUGGUGCUCAUUUCACGAAUCAGCUGUGAGAGAGCGGGCACAAGGCUGAAUGUGAGAGGCAUGAACGAUGAAGGUCACGUUGCCAACUUUGUAGAGACAGAGUUAGCCAUCCAUUGUGACAACAAUGUCGCAUCAUUUGUCCAAAUCCGAGGUCUUGUCCCUCUAUUCUGGGAGCAGCCUGGACUGCAGACCGCCGGGGGUCUCAUACGUAUCAAGCUGUCACGGGGAUAUGCUUGUUCUCAUCCUAGCUUUGAGCGCCAUUUUGAGUGGUCUCUGCUUCACUACGGACCGAUGCUGUGCUGUAAUCUACUAGGAGAGCGUAACCAGGAGACUAUGCUGAGCAAGGCUUUCAAGGAACACUUUGCUGAUCUCAGCAGUGCGUACUGUAGUGAGAUGAUCUGUUAUGAUUACCACAAGUUCAUCAAGUCCGGGGGCGGAAGUGUGGACUCCACCCUCACACAGACACUCCUCCCACUCAUCACACACUUCACAACCUCCCACGGAUUCUACCUAUCAGAGGAUGGGCAACCAAUGAGAUUGCAGACUGGUACGAUAAGAAGCAACUGUCUGGAUUGUCUCGAUCGCACCAACUCAGUUCAAAACUUUAUCGGGCAACAGGUCCUCACGGAGCUAUUGGGAUCACUGGGGCUCUCGCUGAAAGCCACACUCCUCACACGCUUCAAGCAGCUGCUGGCUACCACCUGGACCAAGAACGGAGACAGUCUCUCUCUCUUCUACUCUGGUACACGUGCUCUGUCCUUUGAGGGAAAGUCCAACAAGUUGAAAGGCGGAGCUCGUUCGGUUCAAAGGACAAUUCGCAACAACUUCAUGGACAGUAACAAACAAGAAGCCAUCGAAAUGCUGUUGCUUGGCAACGUGUACAGCGGAGACCUCGGCCUGAAGACACGAGCACUGCUCGACCAAUCAGAUGCAUUCAGUCCUGUGCCGUUCCGAACAGACGUAUGUGAGCGAUGGAGUGACUUCACUACUUCUGAGAAGCUUCGUGUUGCCAUAGGAACAUGGAAUGUGAAUGGUGGUAAACUGAUCCACAGCAUUGCCCUGAGGGGGAGUCAGUCGCUGGAUGAUUGGCUACUGGAUGGCCCAAAGAUAUCCGGAGCUGCAACUCAACAUCCCGAGGAGUUUGCCACACCCCCUGACAUCUACGCUAUUGGUUUUGAGGAGAUGGUGGGUUUGACAGCCUCCAACAUCGUGUCAGCCUCGUCCAGUAACAGGCUUGAGUGGGCGGCUGAGCUCCAGAAGGUGUUGUCACGCCACACCCCCUAUGAGCUGUUGACAACCGAACAACUGGUGGGCGUGUGCUUGUACAUCUUCAUAAGACCCAAGCACAUACCGUACAUUAGAGAUGUGGCUGUAAGCUCAGUGAAGACUGGGAUGUCUGGUAACGCUGGCAACAAGGGGGGUGUGGCUAUAAGAUUCCUCCUCCACUCUACGUCGCUGUGUUUCGUGUGCUCUCACUUUGCUGCUCACCAGAACAAGGUCAUAGAGCGUAACCAUGACUACAGUGAGAUCUGUCGCAAAGUCUCCUUCCCUCAUGGUGGUACAGUGGAUAUCCACGACUAUGUGUUCUGGUGUGGUGACCUCAACUACCGAGUGGACCUGCCCACAACAGCUGCCAAGGACUACAUCUCCCACGCUCGCUGGGACAAGCUCAACAAGCAGGACCAGCUGUUCAAGCAGAAGAGAGCAAAGAAAGUGUUCCAAGGCUAUAUUGAGGGAGACUUGACCUUUGCCCCCACGUACAAGUACGACCAGUUCUCUGACGACUAUGACACGAGUGAGAAGUGCCGCACUCCAGCGUGGUGUGACCGUGUGCUGUGGAGGAGGAGGACGUGGGCGGGAGGGGACCCAAAGAGCCUCUCAAGACCUCCUCUCAAUGCAGAGCAGGCCAGUUUGGCAGUACCCUCUGGAAUGGACUUUGGUCUUCAUCCGUGUGACGCAGGUGUGGUGUGUGGGGGGGAGCUGUCAGGUGACCUGGUUGCCAUGGGACACCAGUGGCAUCCAGGGAGACUGCUCUACUACAACAGGGCCGAGCUAAAACAGUCAGACCACAGACCUGUGAUAGCUCUGCUGGAGGUGGACAUAUACAAGGUGGACCCCCCACGGAGGUCAAGAGUGCGUGAGGAGGUGGUCCUGGCCAGCGGACCUUUGAACCCCACCGUGAUGGUGCACGAGCUCGAGGAAGGCAAGGAAGUCUCUGUACAGCAUCUGCUCGACUCACUCCGGACAUACGGGGAGGUGGUGUUGGUCAGGGUAACGGACGAGAAUGUGUUGGUGACAUUCAAGAAGUCUACUAGUGCCCUGGCUGCUACUGGUCUCCAUGGCAGAGAGGUACAUGGUGUGAAGGUGAGCGUAUCUCUUCGUGAACCCUGGCCUCCGGGGUCAGAGGUCACCACUCCGACACGUAAAGGUCAUGGUAGAGUGAUUAGACGUCCGACAGUGUCCGUGCUGACUAGUGAACUGUUGGGGGUGGAGUCAGGGGGAGGGGACAAUGGAGAGGACCUCAUGAGCUUCAGCUUUGAGGACCAAGGGACUCAAGACACAGCAUCAGCAAUGCCUGCAAUGGACGACCAUGAAGAUGUACAGGACGAUCUGGACUCUGAUCAUCUGGAACAGGAACUGAAUGUCUCCUCGUCAGAUUCUGAUACGGAGGUCACAGUUCAAACAAUGAAGCACGCUCAGAGCGAACCAGUCCUACCCCACAGACCCGUACCCCUCAAACGACCAACUGUGCCCCCCAGACCUGGAAACAGUCUCAUUAACGUUCAAGAGGCGAUAAAAGCACCCCCCAGAUCAACCUACAGUAGCGCAAGUCUUCACAGCACGGUUGAAGAACCGCCUCGACCAAUUCUUAAUCUCCAAACAUCGUUAGACGUGCCCCCCAAACCCAAGCCUCGUACUAGGACUGCCGUCCCCUUCACUCUGGGGGACUCUCCAGUGAACAAUUCUCCGCAAUCACUAACCCCUGAAUCUAAGGGAGUGCGGCAAAGUCCUGACCCCCCUAAGAGGCCGAUGAGACCACCCCCUCCUUACGUCAAUGGCAAGAGUGAUCAGCGAGUGAGUCCCCCACAGCCUUACACACCACCCCCUCCCUAUAGUGCCUCUACACAAGCACCCGUUGUACCCAAACGUCCUGAACCAUCGCGACCUUUGAGACCGCCUCCACCAAAGAGAACUUAAUUGAACUCCUCCACAAUCAUAAUUAUAUUCUAAUUAUUGCUAUAGCUAGCUGUCAUGUGUUUGUAUAUUUUAAUAAACUCGAUUAUAUACCUAUUAACAGUUAAUUUGAAUUAA